GCUGUUCACGACCCGGUGUGCUGCUGUGCUUUGUCCUCCAUUAAUCCCUCCUUUCGUCUGAUUUUAGUCAUACUGGAUCGAUAGUCCCGCAAGGGCGGACCUUCGGUAGUAUCUAUCCGACACCUAUUGACGCUUUACAGGAUAAAAGAAAGCGAAAUUCAGGAGAUCCGGAGUGCCCUUCUUCUGCGCCCGGUACGCACAAGCAAAGGCGAUCUUGUUGUGCUGCGCACCACGACGCACAAGAAGACGUGUGCGCACAGGCGAUGCAGUUGAACUUCACCUCUUCUGACAAACAAGACCCUAGAGUCAUUUGGAUGUCGCCACAGUAGCCUACUGUAUUUCGCAGUGUAUAUUUAACCUCACGCGUGGCAAGGCGAUUUGGAUUUAAACGCCAACAAGUGGAAACUGGUGAUGUAUUCCUUUACUCUGAUCCUGAUAUACGCUGGACACCUGGAUUUGACCAGUUCGGUUUAAUGUGACCCGAGACGCUGCGUCAGCGUCCCACAUAUGGUCUGUGGGCGCAGAUUUGAAGCUAUCGACCCGCCGCUUCUCCACAGGGCGUCCUCGGCGGGGCUGGAGCGGACAGAAGCGGGGACGCUGAGGAAUGCGGAGCCGGGAUUUUGUCUUUUCCAGCUUACCUGCGGAACUCUUCGCAGCUCACGCCAAACCGACCGACGCAGCCGGUGAGCCCGCAGGGCGCCAUGCUGAGGCAGAUCCUCCUCAACUCCACCGACACUCCAGACUUCGACCUGGUGCUUAUGGCCCAGUCCUCCACGCACGCCCCCUCCGCACUGAACGCCUCUCACGGCGGCUCGGUGAGCGUGGCCGCUCUUCUGAGACCCACCACGGGGCGAGGUGGAGGAGGGCUCCGGGAAGGCGAGUUCCACAAACCGGACCUGAUCACUUACAUAGUCAUGUGCCUACUGCUCUUUCUCUUGGUGCUGCUCAUUGUGUUCUUCAUCAACUGCCAGCUCCGGAACUCUUUCUUCGCCUCCAUGCCAUAUGACAGGUCGCUGAGAGAGGCCCGGACCUCCUACAAGUAAGGCUGGAGCGCCAGAAUCACCCUUUGGGACUCUGUGUCUGUACUGAGACUCCUUUAAGGGAGUUUAAGGACUAACUAUUCACCCCUGAAUUGCUUCUGCACGUACUGGACACAUAAAGUAGCUGCCUUUAUCAGUUGUCUUGGACACAUUGGAUGAUCUAAAUAACCUGGAAUCCCAACAAGACCUAAUAUGAUUAGUCAGGGGCUCCAUUGUGCCAAUGCUGCCCACAUUUUUCACUUCAAGGCCCACAGCCCCAUCCGCAAAAGAUAGUCCUUUAGACCAUGAAGGGACGUUUCAGAGGAAGAGUGGUAUGUAUGGACCUGCUGCGGGUGGAAAGAUAACGAUUUAACUCUUGGUGACUCUUAUAUUCCCUAGUGAUUAAUGAAUGAAUUGUGAAACAAUCGAGCAUUCCCUGAAACCCCGCUUGUGGUCCACGCAAAGCACUUCGGAGGCAAACUGUUCCCUUACAUUAUAGCCUACUCCCAAGCUUGUAUUCAUUUAUCUAGUUGAUUAUAAAUUUGACCUGGGUCCAAAGUCACAGUAUUUCAUACUGGGCUUGACAAGAUGAAUCUGGUUUCUUUUUUUUAAAGGAAAAGUGACAUAUGUCAGUAUAGAAAGGAUCUAUAGCAGUUUGUCUAUAAAAUAUUUUGUAUAACUGUAACUUAACUGUCUUGUCUUGUGAAAUGAUGCAAUCAAAACACAGUUUCUACCCUUGUGUCCAUUGUAAAAUGGUGAUUAAAUGACGGACUGUAGGCCUAUAUCGUCACAUAAAGGUAUUUAAAUGUA